GAGCUCCCGCCCCUUCCGCCUCGGCGCCCCGCCCAGGCCUCGCCCCUAGGUGUUCCCGCCCCUCCCCCUCCCUUGUCGCUCGCUUUCUGUCAGCCUCUCUCCCUCUCCCUCUCCCCUCUCCUUCCUCUCGCUUCCUCUCUCGCACCUGAGCGUACGCACCUGCCCGGGCCCGGCUCCCUCCUCCUCCUCCCCUCCCUCUUUCCCCGCCUGGCCGCGGGAGCCUCGUGGCUGCGUCACCGCCGCCCCCCCAGACAAGAUGGACACCGCGGAGGAAGACAUAUGUAGAGUGUGUCGGUCGGAAGGAACACCUGAGAAACCGCUUUAUCAUCCUUGUGUAUGUACUGGCAGUAUUAAGUUUAUCCAUCAAGAAUGCUUAGUUCAAUGGCUGAAACACAGUCGAAAAGAAUACUGUGAAUUAUGCAAGCACAGAUUUGCUUUUACACCAAUUUAUUCUCCAGAUAUGCCUUCACGGCUUCCAAUUCAAGACAUAUUUGCUGGACUGGUUACAAGUAUUGGCACUGCAAUACGUUAUUGGUUUCAUUAUACGCUUGUGGCCUUUGCAUGGUUGGGAGUUGUUCCUCUUACAGCAUGCCGCAUCUACAAGUGCUUGUUUACUGGCUCCGUGAGCUCACUACUGACACUGCCAUUAGAUAUGCUGUCAACGGAAAAUUUGUUGGCAGAUUGUUUGCAGGGUUGUUUUGUGGUGACAUGCACACUGUGUGCAUUCAUCAGCCUGGUGUGGUUGAGAGAGCAGAUAGUCCACGGGGGAGCACCAAUUUGGUUGGAGCAUGCUGCUCCACCCUUCAAUGCUGCGGGGCAUCACCAAAAUGAGGCUCCAGCAGGAGGAAAUGGUGCAGAAAAUGUUGCUGCUGAUCAGCCUGCUAACCCACCAGCUGAGAAUGCAGUGGUGGGGGAAAACCCUGAUGCCCAGGAUGACCAGGCAGAAGAGGAGGAGGAGGACAAUGAGGAGGAAGAUGACGCUGGUGUGGAAGAUGCAGCAGAUGCUAAUAACGGAGCCCAGGAUGACAUGAAUUGGAAUGCUUUAGAAUGGGACCGAGCUGCCGAAGAGCUUACAUGGGAAAGAAUGCUAGGACUUGAUGGAUCACUAGUUUUUCUGGAACAUGUCUUCUGGGUGGUAUCUUUAAAUACACUGUUCAUUCUUGUUUUUGCAUUUUGCCCUUACCAUAUUGGUCAUUUCUCCCUUGUUGGUUUGGGAUUUGAAGAACACGUCCAGGCAUCUCAUUUUGAAGGCCUAAUCACAACCAUAGUUGGGUAUAUACUUUUAGCAAUAACACUGAUAAUUUGUCAUGGCUUGGCAACUCUUGUGAAAUUUCAUAGAUCUCGUCGCUUACUGGGAGUCUGCUAUAUUGUUGUUAAGGUCUCUUUGUUAGUGGUGGUAGAAAUUGGAGUAUUCCCUCUCAUUUGUGGUUGGUGGCUGGAUAUCUGUUCCUUGGAAAUGUUUGAUGCUACUCUGAAAGAUCGAGAACUGAGCUUUCAGUCGGCUCCAGGUACUACCAUGUUUCUGCAUUGGCUAGUGGGAAUGGUAUAUGUCUUCUACUUUGCCUCCUUCAUUCUACUACUGAGAGAGGUACUUCGACCUGGUGUCCUGUGGUUUCUAAGGAAUUUGAAUGAUCCAGAUUUCAAUCCAGUACAGGAAAUGAUCCAUUUACCAAUAUAUAGGCAUCUCCGAAGAUUUAUUUUGUCAGUGAUUGUCUUUGGCUCCAUUGUCCUCCUGAUGCUUUGGCUUCCUAUACGUAUAAUUAAGAGUGUGCUGCCUAAUUUUCUUCCAUACAAUGUCAUGCUCUACAGUGAUGCUCCAGUGAGUGAACUGUCCCUCGAGCUGCUUCUGCUUCAGGUUGUCUUACCAGCAUUACUCGAACAGGGACACACGAGACAGUGGCUGAAAGGGCUGGUGCGAGCGUGGACUGUGACCGCCGGAUACUUGCUGGAUCUUCAUUCUUAUUUAUUGGGAGACCAGGAAGAAAAUGAAAACAGUGCAAAUCAACAAGUUAACAAUAAUCAGCAUGCUCGAAAUAACAACGCUAUUCCUGUGGUGGGAGAAGGCCUUCAUGCAGCCCACCAAGCCAUACUCCAGCAGGGAGGGCCUGUUGGCUUUCAGCCUUACCGCCGACCUUUAAAUUUUCCACUCAGGAUAUUUCUGUUGAUUGUCUUCAUGUGUAUAACAUUACUGAUUGCCAGCCUCAUCUGCCUUACUUUACCAGUAUUUGCUGGCCGUUGGUUAAUGUCAUUUUGGACGGGGACUGCCAAAAUCCAUGAGCUCUACACAGCUGCUUGUGGUCUCUAUGUUUGCUGGCUAACCAUAAGGGCUGUGACGGUGAUGGUGGCAUGGAUGCCUCAGGGACGCAGAGUAAUCUUCCAGAAGGUUAAAGAGUGGUCUCUCAUGAUCAUGAAGACUUUGAUAGUUGCGGUGCUGUUGGCUGGAGUUGUCCCUCUCCUUCUGGGGCUCCUGUUUGAGCUGGUCAUUGUUGCUCCUCUGAGGGUUCCCUUGGAUCAGACUCCUCUUUUUUAUCCAUGGCAGGACUGGGCACUUGGAGUCCUGCAUGCCAAAAUCAUUGCAGCUAUAACAUUGAUGGGUCCUCAGUGGUGGUUGAAAACUGUAAUUGAACAGGUUUACGCAAAUGGCAUCCGGAACAUUGACCUUCACUAUAUUGUUCGUAAAUUGGCAGCACCAGUGAUCUCUGUGCUGUUGCUUUCCCUGUGUGUACCUUAUGUCAUAGCUUCUGGUGUUGUUCCUUUACUAGGUGUUACUGCGGAAAUGCAAAACUUAGUCCAUCGGCGGAUUUAUCCAUUUUUACUGAUGGUUGUGGUAUUGAUGGCAAUUUUGUCCUUCCAAGUCCGCCAGUUUAAGCGCCUUUAUGAACAUAUUAAAAAUGACAAGUACCUUGUGGGUCAACGACUCGUGAACUACGAACGGAAAUCUGGCAAACAAGGCUCAUCUCCACCACCUCCACAGUCAUCCCAAGAAUAAAGUAGUUGUCUCAACAACUUGACCUUCCCCUUUACAUGUCCUUUUUUGUGGACUUCUCUCUUUGGAGAUUUUUCCCAGUGAUCUCUCAGCGUUGUUUUUAAGUUAAAUGUAUUUGACUUGUGUUCUCAGCAUUCAGAGAGCAGCAGUGUAAGUUUCUGCUGUUCUUCCCUGGAUCUUCUGACAUUACUGCUGUCUAAGAUUUGUAUAUGUGUAAAUACAAGUUCCUUGAUACCCUAAAACCUUGGAUUAAACAGAAUGUGCAUUGUACAUCUUUAAACAAAAUGUAUAUUAAUUUAUUAAAUCUAGUUGUCACUUUAUUUUGGACUUGCCGUGAUCUCGACAGGAAACGUGCCACAGAGCAGUAGUGCGCAGGCAAGACUUUUCAGUGACGUCUUGUGGAACGCAGUUCAUGAUGUCCUAGCAGCUCUCACUAAGGGAACUGUACAUUCUUUCUUUCUUGGCUAUUCAGACCUUACCAAGAACGUUAAAGGAAACAAGCAGAAAUCAGCAGUGGAGUGUCUGUGGUAAGAAAACAUGAACUUUAUGCUUCACUGUUAGUUGUUUGUGGAAGUUAUUUUGUAUAACACCAAAGCUGUUGUACAUUUUCUACUGCCUGAUUUUUUUUCAUGUGUCUGUGUUUGUAAUAUUGUAUAGUAUCUUGUGCUAGGUGAGGAAAUUAUUUUUAAUUUUGAUAAUUUAAUAUUCCUAGUGUGAUCAGCAUUGGGAGUUGGGUUUCAGUGCUUGUUAGGGGCAUGUCUAUACUUAGAGAAAAAAAGUCCAAAUGAAGAUUUUCAUUAGUCAGCCCCCCCCCCGCCCCCACACCCGCAUCCUCUCUUUUCUUCCACACACAACUAUCUCUUUAUUUUUCGUAGCAGUGGCUGAAAGUCCUGCAAGGUCAUAAAUCUUUCAGAAUGACAUCACCAACUGUGCUGCAUCUUACUGGAUUUAGGACUUCUGAGAUGCUUGUGAAGUAUAGAUGUGGUUGUGAUCUUAGAUUGACAGCAUUAGAGAAGACUGGUUAGAACAUCUGGUCUCGCUGGUUAGUGCGUCGUUGGCUGAGGACUAGGUGUGCAUUUCUCCUAGCUUUUCAUUAGGAAAUCCCAAAGUUUCCAAAGCUUUUUGUUUACAGAAUAAAACUUCAAAUAAAACCAAUUCAUUAUUUGUCCAGAAGGAAGCUUGGCUGAGCUGGCCUUUUAACAUAGGAAUGUAUUUCAUUGGAAACAUUCUGAAAAAUCUCAGAGAACUGAAUGCUUACAAACUUUGUUUUCCCUCAUAACCAAAGCUUCAGAUUAGAAGUUUAGAAAAAUAGAAUGGUUGGGUACAUGAUGUAAGUGUUUAAUGCUAAAGGUAUAUUGUAAGGGUAGUGUUUGUUUUUGAACGAUAAUUUAGAAGGUCUCAUAGAAAGUGUAUAACAUAGGUCCUCAGAAACUAUAAAAGAAUUUUCAUAUAGUACUAAAAUCCAUAGACUAAAAUCUGAGGAUUUUUUAACAUUUGCAAGUCAGCCAAACAUAAGCUACCAAAAUAAAGAGCAAUGUGUUCUGGCUGUUUUAUACUUCAACAAUAUUUUCCCUAAGUGGUAAGCAAUUACUUUAAAACAUAUUUUUAAAAACAUCAGUAUCGGGAGCUGCGGUGGCUCCAGCCGGUUGUCCUGGCACACAAGGAGGCAAGGCUAUGCGUUCGAGGCCAACCUAGGCAAAAUUGGAAAAAAAAAAAAAUCAGUAUCA